AUUGAUUUUGCUUUCCAAUCAUUUCCACAGUGCCAUGACGGCAGGUGUGGAUUGUGUGGAUUCGGCGGAACACAAGCGCCAUCUAGCGGCGGCUGCGCAAACACUUCGCCUUUUCCUAUCGGUACUCUGACGUGACUGCAUCGCAUCGAUGCAGUGCUAGUGUGUUUGAGCUCGAGUAACGAAUAACGGUGAUUGUAGACGUCCCAACCCAUCUAUGUCUGCAGUGACGUGUGAAGCAGCGAAUUCCUGACUUUAGAAUGUGGAGUCCCACACACGUCCAAGUGACAGUCCAAAAAGCCAGAGGACUUUUAAUCAAAGGCAAAAAUGGACUUAACGACGCAUUUGUCACUAUCGCCCUCGGGAAGGAAAAGUACCAGACAUCUGUUAAAGAAAAGGCACCAACCAAUAUUGAAUGGCAUGAAGAGUGUGAACUGGAAAUCCCUAAACAUGGCAAUACAGCAGAGAUCACUCUCACUGCACUCCAUCGCAAUUUUCUUGGUGUAGAUGAGUUUUUGGGAACAGUCAGCAUUCCUUUAGCAGAAUUUGACGUAUAUGAAAGGCCACGCAACAGGUGGUACACUCUGCGGGGCAAACCUGGGAAGGAGAAAGGCAAGGACAAACAACGUGGGGAACUUGAGGUAAAAGUGGGCUUCAUUGUGAAAGCAGGAUCUCUCACUGACCUGAGUAAAAAAGAAAAGCACAAGUCUUCUUUGGGACAGUUGUCACACAUGGCACAGUCUGUUGGGGGCAGCCUGCUCAGUAUUGGGAGUCUGGAGAAGAAGAAAGGUUUGAAGAAACUGGCCAAGUCCAUCGGAGCCAAAGUUGGCAGGGGCUCAAAGAAACAGAUUAGCGAAGAAGUUCUACCUGAGGGCUCAGUUUACCAAUCUUAUGGUCAGAGGAUUGGAGAUGCAGAUCCAGGUGUCAUAAGUGAAGGUGAAAGUGAUGAUGAAUUUCGGUUUGAUGAGCUGUCUCACAAGAGUUCAGGAAGCUCUCUCAAUGUACAUGGAUCCACUGGAGCACAUCAUACUCCUGUAUCUGGCUCUAUGGAAAAUUUGGCUGGUGGUGAAUUUCUUCGCCGUUCAGCCUCAGGAGUGUCAAAUUCGUCUCAUGGUAGAAACACAUUGGGACCACCAUCCAAGCCGCCUCGCACUCUUGUGACGAAUGCGUCUCCUCUUUCUGCUAACCCACCUGCUGAUGAGUGGGAACAGAAGUUGUAUGGGCGCAAAGAUUCCCCCAGCACAGAUACGCUGAAACGACGGUCCUGGGAAAGCCCUCGCAUCCCAGUGCUAAACCAGCCCCAGCCCCAGCCCCAAGAAGACAUUCCACCUCCACUACCGUCAACGCCCGCUCCUGUCGCUGCAGCAGCACCCUCUUCCCCUGCUUUGGCCCCAUCUCCAGCAGUCCCAUCAUCCCCAGGACUGCCUGCUUCACCAAGCUUCAAUAAAACUUUAAGUGGGCUCAACUCAGCAUUUGGUUCUCAACAGUCGAUUGGAAGUGGAGGAACCGAACCAGAACGCGUGGAUGAUGACAAAGAAAAGACCAAGUCCAAUCUGAAAGCCAAAUUCAAGAACUUCCGAAUGGGCAAAGAGGCUAAAUCACCUGCUCCAGAACCUCCAAGUUCAGCUAAUUUAAUUGCUGAUGCUCGUGGUGAGAGGAUCAUUGUCGGUCGAGAGAAGGAAAAGAAUGGUCAAAGUUCUCCACAGAUGCAGUCUCGUUUAUCAUCAGAAGUUCUGCGUAGAUUUGAAGAUAAAAGUAGAGAGGAUUUGAUUGAUAUGAUCCUUCAGAUGGAAGGCAAAGCUGAAGUGCAGAAGAAACGGGUGAAGGACUUGGAAGACUAUUUGGACAACUUGCUGCUUCGAGUGAUGGAGACAACUCCUCGCAUUCUUCAAAACCCCUUCAUAACUUGCAAGGCCCAGGCAAGCUUUUCAUGAUGAAGCUUUUAUUUUGAAAUACAGUGAUUUUUAGCUUUAAGCACUGCUAAUGCCCACAUUAAAUUUGGCAUGUCUUUCAAAACUGUGCUUGUCUCUACAUCAAUCAGAUCAGAUGUUUUCCAGAACAAAACUGUUCAGAACCCUCGGAGUAGAUGUCAGACAUUUGAAAUCAAAAGCUUUAUCUUUGCUGACUUAAACACAAGCAUGUUAUUUAUUUGUGUACAAAGAAGGGAAUUUUCCUUGUUGAUUAUGUAGUUUGGUGUUUGUUUUGGUUGGUGACAUAUAUUUUAUAGAAUGACUAAUACUGUUUUCCUCUGUAUAUAGUUGAAAUGAUGUGUGUUGCUCAGACAAGUGAAUUUGGAGCUACUUAUAUUUUUUUACUUCUACACUUAAAAGAGCUUCUGCAUUUCAUUUUGCCAUAUUUUAAUAAUUGAUCAUGUCAGAGUGCUUUGUUUGCAUUGUAAAUAUUAUCAGACCACUUUACGUUUCCUGUUUCCUAUUAGUGCUCCACAGAGAUAAUCUGCACUCUUAAUGAUAUUGAAGUGUGGCAACGUGGCAAGUUGUACUGUGGCCAUAAAAUUGAUCAUAAGUAGACUAAACAUGAUAAGACAAAAAAAAUAUUGCCCUCUUGCCUUUAUGACAAUAAUCACUUUUUUGUUAGAGAAAAAAGAAAAUUUAUUCACAUUGACAUCACAUUGUUUAUGUGUACAUAGCGUACCUCUGGAGAUGUUUUGUAACAGCAGUGGUGGAGGGCAGCUAAUGGAUACUAUUAUAAUCAUGUUUUCUGGGAUCCAAGCAGGUGGUGUGCAAAUGCACAAUUUUGCCUUGAUUUGAUUCUUAUUGCUUUAGCUGUUAUUUGUUCACCUAUUGAAAGGUAUGAAGAAUACCAUUCGCCUUGUAGUUUAUACAACUCCAUGCAGAUGUACAUUGGUGAUCCAUUGGUUAAUGCCUGCAUUUUUGUAUCCAACCUUUUUUGUAAGGUUUAUCAUGUUCUGUAUGUAAUGUACAGAUUUUCAUCUCAUAUUAUGUAUCCAAACUUCCCCACGCUGGAUAGCAGGUUCUAAUUGGUAUAUCUGGCAGCUUUUGAUUGUGAUGUUUUGAACUGAUUCUAACCAUGCAAAUAUGUUUUUGAAUACUUAAUAUAUUCUGUGAUAAAAACAAAUAAAAACUUAAUUUUUAAAAUUUUUGAAAGGCCGUCCCGGUGCUCAAGGAAACAUUUACUUCUUGCACCAAUGUCUAUGUCUACAUCGCCAUAUUACCAACCAAUAUUUCAACUUAUAUUAUUGUAAUUAUUAUACUGUUAAUAUUCUAUGGACCUGUGAUCUGACCUAGACUUAUUGCACCUGAGGCUUGAGAUGGGUUUAUUUUGUUCAUCUACUUUGUUGUUUGUAUUGACAUUAUUAACUUAACUCUAUGUAAAUACCAUGAAUUCAAAUUGAAAAUAAUAGAGCCUAUGUUUAUGACUUAUGAUAAAGAAAAAAGCGGACUGCUAGUUGUAGAAAAUUAAAGCUAACCCCAAAUUAUGUAUCUUUGGUAAGUCUAACGUAAUAAGGAUGCGGGUGAACAUUCAGAAUUUCCGUCCAAAACAAUUUUUUCUCUGAAUUAAGAAGCAUCAUUUAUUUAAGGCAAUUUUUUCUGUUCUUCUUAACUUGCCAUGAGAUUGUGAUGGAUGUGCGUUAUGUUGGACAUGCUGUUUAGGUGCUUGAUGUACUCGUUCUUGUUAUUUAGCCAAUCCUGCAUUAAGUAGUCUUCCGUGUUUAAAAGAAAAGAGUAUGAUAUCCCAAAUUAUUAUUAGACGAACCAAUGUAUGAUGGAAGCUGUGCUUUUUGGACAAUGUUUUGUUUUGCAUGGUCAUGCCUAUGUUAAUAAAAAGUUUUCUCAAAGGAA